AUGCCGUCUUGCGUCUCUCGUCGGCCUGUGAACAGGCUGCAUCUGUUUUCCGCCAGUUACGCUUGUCUGCCCCUCUCGAGUGUCCAGCCCGACCCGGCUCUGCUGGCAGCUGUACCAUCUGCAGAGCAACAGUUGUCACGACAUCUCAUACGUGCCCAUGCCACCCGGCCCUCCCCAGUCCGGAUGAGAGGAAUUGGGAUCGGCCAAGCGGGAACAGCUGUCGGACCUGUACCACCGGUACUCUGCAGAGCUGUUGCCGAGGCGUCAGUGCCUCGGCCGAACAAAGGCUGCGUCUGUCAAACAGCCUCUUCAUCUUCACCCAUUCACCUCCAGGCCCCUGACUGUCUACAGUCAGUCCCUCAACUUGUUUGUCUCCCUUUGCAUUUUUCUUUCUUUCUUUCUCACUCACUCUCUCUCUCUCUCUCACUCACUCACUCUUUCUCUCUCUUUCCCUCUCUUAUGACCACUCCGAACCGACCCCAGUUGUCCAGCUUCCAGAGUUUUCACCAGUUGUCCCGUCUCGUCGCCAGUUGCUGGUAG